AUGGAGAAGUAUGAGAAGGUGUUGUGUUUGGGCAGAGGAGCGGCGGGAGAAGUUUUCCUGAUGAGACACACUGAGGCCAAGAGUUUGCACGCGGUGAAGAGGAUCAAACUGGAGGGCAAACGCACACAGAGGGCUAUCCUUCAAGAGGCGGAGAUCAUCAGGAAGCUGCAGCUGCCUCACAUUGUGAACUGCAGUGAUGCUUUGGUGAGCCCUGAUGAUGGCUACAUUUACAUUGUGAUGGACUACUGUGAUGGCGGCACAUUAGAUGACAAAGUCAGAGAGAGGAAACCAAGCGAUUACUUCCCAGAGGGAGUGGUCAUGGGCUGGUUUGUGCAGGUCGCCCUGGCUGUUCGGUAUAUCCAUAAAGCUAAAAUACUUCACAGAGACAUCAAAACGUCAAACGUGUUGCUGACGAAACAAGGCAUGGUGAAGUUAGGAGAUUUUGGGGUAGCCAGAGUCAUGACGAGCACAGCCGACAUGGCCUCCACUUGUGUCGGAACUCCCUGUUACCUCAGCCCAGAACUGUGCCAGGAUGUCCCGUACAGCUCCAAGUGUGACAUCUGGGCUCUGGGCUGCCUGCUGUAUGAGCUCUGUGCUCUAAGACCUCCUUUUGCAGCAUCCAACCUCCUCAGUCUAUUUUACAAGAUCACCAAAGGAGAGUACGACCCUCUGCCUGAACUUUACUCUCAAAAUGUCACCUCUUUAAUGCACAGAAUGUUGUGCAUUGAACCUGCAAACAGGCCAAGUGCUGCCUGCAUAAUCAACAGCUCCUUUGUGCAACAUCAUUUACAGCACAUCCACUGUGAAGAUACAGAACACUUUUCUCCCGAAGAGGACAUCAGCUCACAUGCUCCGUGUGGACACAGUUUGAGUCAUGUGGAGGAAGAGGAUGGUACUAGCUCUGGCGGACACUGCGGUUGCUUCUACCCUGACGACUUUGACGAAGAGGAAAGUUUGUCUUCUUUCGAGGAACGGAGUCAACACUCUGACUUAUCAUCAAGGAGCCACUCUGCUGAGCCUCUCGUGUUUUCACAGUGUUACCAAGGCGUUGCAGACCAAGCUGAGUAUCCGGAUGACUUUGAGGAAGAAGACGAGAAGGAAAAAUGUGCAGAUAUAAUAGAUGGAAUUCACACUUCCUCUCUUGCACAUGAUGAUUCCCUGGAUGAGUUUCAGCUCUGUGAUGCUGGAGGAAUGGUCGUCACACUGAAAGCCCUGAAGGAAAAUGGAUAAAAACAUACAUUUGAACAAACUGUAUGAUAAUAGUUCACUGUUUUACACCUGAUUACUCAAAGGACAUUCAAGGUCAGAGGCACCUACUUCCU